UGUGUAGCCCCCUAUGUUGUGAUAGAAGGCCCCUCGUGGCUUGUGGAUUUUUUCAGAUUGGAAAUAAAUAUAAAGUGUGAAUGAAUUGCAGAGCAUGAAUAACUAUAAGACAAGAGCAAGGAGACAAUAUUGCAGCUAACAAGAGAAGGCGUCAGUAUGAUGAAAUGGAAAAGCAUAAGAUGCCAUAUAGCACAAAUACAACACCUACUCUGCAAUCACUUCCCAACGCCACCAUGUCAAAGACAGGUCAUUCUGCAGAUCCCUGGCACAGUACACCGAAACAAAAGCAGAUUUACAAGUCCUCAGAAAGAAAGUCAUCUUCAGCCUCACAGUUAAACUUUGGAAACACAGCUAUAACAGAUACAGCUACUCCUUCUACUGCAUAUUCAUGCCAUACACUUACUGGGAUUCAUGCACCUGUCUCUGGUGGUAAACUUGUACAGAAGCCUCUAGCGGACAUAGAGAGCAGGACCAUUCAGAAACAACGCAAGGAGCUGCAGCUGUUGAUUGCAGAGCUGAAAGACAGAGAUAAAGAGCUGAACAACAUGGUGCUGGCUCACCGGAAGCAGCUUGUAGCCUGGGAGGUGGAUCGGCAGAGAGUGCUUACCCUGGAGCAGAGGGCUGCUAGAUUAGAGAGCGAGCUCCAUAACAGAAACGAUAUCAUUCGGGCGCUGACAAAAAAGAUCAAGAUCUUGGAAGCUCAGCAGAAGGAUCGUCAAUCUGCUCUUGCAAGCACCCAGGAACAGCUUCAGGAGAUCUUUCACAGGGAACUUGAGGCUUCAAGCCACUGCCAGGAUCUAGCGGAAAAAAACCAAAGUCUUAAUUCUUCUGUAGUAGAGUUAUCAAGCCACGUUGGACAGAUGCUGGCCAGAGAGCAGGAACUGUCUGCCAUGCUGAAGUUAAAGGACAAGGACAUGAUGGAAGCCACUGACCACAUCAUAGACCUCACGAGCCGGUUCAAAAAACUGGAAACAGCCCAGAGAGACUGCAAGCUGGGGGAGGCCAAAGCUAAAAAGGAGACUCAGGAAAUCAAGCAGCGGCUGAGGGAAGUAAAGCACGAAAUGGCGAAGCUCAAAGAUGAUUUACGUGAAAAGACUGGAGAAAACAACAGUCAAAGGGAAGAUCUUAUCCGUCUGAAACAAGAAAACCAGCACCUGCAUAACGAGCUUGCUUUGGCAGGCGAAAGAGAAAGGAGAAAAGAUGAACUACUGGAGCUGGCGAAAUCUAAAAAAGAACGAACAGAGACCGAGUUGUACUGCCUCCGUCAGGUUUGUGAAAACCAGCAGAAUGACCUGCAGCUACUUCACCUGAACCUGGAGAACUCACAGGAGAGACUUCAGGAGCAGGAGGAGAGAAUCCACGACUCUGGGGAUGGGAGGCUAGACUUUAGUUCUCUUGGUUUGGACUCCCCCAUGGCUUCUUCCUUUCCCUCUCCAGUCAGAAGAGGACAGGGGCAGAGAGGAGACUCUCUUGUUGGAAAUGACUGGCUCAGGUCAGAGGAUCCUCCGGUGACAGUGACUGCAAAUGGAGAGCGAAGACUCAAGUCUGCUGUUAACAAUGAGGAGCCGUGCUGCCCAACCAGCCGUCUCCAGCGAUUGCUGGCAGAGUCCAAGCAGAUGGUUGCCAGUCUGGAGCGUGCCACUCUGCAGCCUGUUAGCCCGGCACGAAGUCACAAGAGCAGCGAGAGCAGCCGGGACAGCGAUUCUCAGUCUAGAAGCAGUGCAUCGGGCAGUCCUUUAAACCUGGAAACAGAGCAGCUCUGCGCUACUCGGGCAGCUCCAGGGAAUUUAAACUGUAAAUAAUGCAGCCAGCAGCUCUCUGCAUGGAACCGAGAUUCACAACGAGGUUUCCAGUUCAACUGGGAAGUCUGGACACCAUGUGGAUACAGGAAUGCUCGCUGCUUGUGGUGGUCAAUUGAAUUUUCUCGCUGCCAGAGUCUAGAAGAACCUGACAGUACAAUGCAGAUAAUUUCUGCAUUGCAGCAGGAGUGCACUAACUACAACCCCUUAAAACACUAACAAGAAUAUCUUUCUGUGCAGCUUUGUGAAAAUAACAUUUAGCAAUUAAAAUCUGACAAUGUGUAUGCAUUUAUAAAGUCAGGUGCCACUGAGGUGGGUCUAACUAGUAGCGCUUAUCUGAAAACUUUUUAGAAUGUAAAAAUAAGAGAUCCACUAUAUUAUAAUACAUUGCCAGAGCCAAUGGGUUACAAUACCAGGCCUUGACUGUUAUAAAUGUGUUUUAGAAGGUCUAAAGGAUUGAUAACCAAGGCUUUGAAAUCCAUGGUUUCGGUUUACCUUUUGUAUCGCACUGCUAUAAAAGUCAGGCUUUGCAUUUAAAAUAAAACAGUAUUACACAUAAAAUGCUGGUUGACAUACCAUGCUAUUUUAAACAAUUCCUAUAUAAUUAAUUUUACUCUCUUAACAUGGUCCCCUGCACUUCCUUAGAGCAAUGCAGCAUGAACAGUGUAGUGUUCAUUAAAAAACAUCCUUCAGUUUGAGCGAAUGCUUUUAACAUUGUGUAACUGCACUUUUUAAUAUUGAUCGAGUGAAGAGGUAGCAGCAGGGUCUGGAUUAAAUCAAAAUUAUGGCUGCGCCGUAGGCAUUAUAAAGUAUAGAUAUGGCGCUGCUGUAAACUUUCUUGUAUUAUCCUUCCAGUUACUCGCCUGACUUACUGGUAACUGGGCUAAAUUACAAGCCACUGCUUUGGUCUUAAGGCCAGUUAUUUGGCAGCGCAAUGCAAGAGCAAUGCCUAUUAAAGUAAAAUGUCACACAGUUUACUUCUACUCGAGUAUUUUAUAUGUGAAAUCUCAACAAUGGUUACUGUGGGCAAGGCUAAUGGGAGAGGAUAUGUGAUUGCUAUACAAAAUGUUUUAUAACAAAACUACAAUUUCAAAGUGUUAAUAGUCACUUAAAAUGUGUAUUAUUAUUAAUAUUAAAUUACAAUUUUUAAAGAAACACUUAGAAAAUAACCUUUU